CUGAUGAGGAUCUCACCUAGUACGAUGGAUGACCUCUUGACUGGUCGAUAUGACAGCAGUAUCUCUAGGAAGAUUGUGAUCGAUUGUCGGUUUCGUUACGAGUACGAAGGUGGCCAUAUCAAGAACGCCGUCAAUGUGGGUGAAAAGGACUUGGCCGAAGAAAUGCUCUUAGCUGGACAGCUAUUUGAUGGAACAUUGGAUGUGCCUGAACCUAGUGAAUCUGGAAAAUGUGAUGGCAAUGGCGUCAUGAAGAAGGUUGUAUUAGUCUUUCACUGUGAAUAUUCAGUGAUGAGGGCCCCUACAAUUGCCAAACAUAUCAGAGAGAAAGAUCGACACUUGAACAUGCCACAUUACCCUGCUUUACAUUAUCCUGAAGUUUACAUUUUAGAAGGAGGUUUUGCUAGUUACUUUGCUCACUCUCCCCAACAUUGUGAU